AUGGUUGCUGUCAGUUCCGUGGCUGAGGUACAGUCUGUGACCCUGAAGAUCGUCAUAAAAUCUGCCAACUAUGUAAAAGAAGUGUAUCUUUGGAGGACAUUGUGGAGAUAUCCAGCUCGGAUCUGUUGUGGGUGCGGCGGUAGAUACCGCGGUGAGAUAGCAGUCCAGAUCGGGUUGUGCCAGGAUAUGAACACUAUCAGCAAGAACAAGAGAGGUACUAUUUCAUGA